UCAGGAAGCCGGAUGAUCAAAACUUCUGAACAAUCGAGUCAUGAAUCAGCAUACGAGCAUUACAUACAUUUUUUUAACAUUCUGAUUAGUCAUGUAGCUUUUGCAACAUUUAUCGGUUAUUGAAAUACUGUUAGAAACUGCUAAAAUUUCACCAUUUAGCUCUGGUCGUUGGAAUUAAGGAAAAUGGCGGCAAUAAUUUCAGGCUCAACUUUGUCAAUGUUAUUUUAUGAUCACUCAUCUAGUCUUGGAAAUAAGGAAGGAUUAUUAACAGGAAAAGUGAUCAGCCAUGUUAAAGAUACAAUUAGUGACUCCCAGAUAAACAACGUUCGUGUAGAAACUAAGAUUUAUAUCUAUGGGUGUACGUGUCAAUCCAGGUUUGAAUCCUUCCAUGAUAAUAAAGGAAAUUUGAACCACAUUGAUAAGUCGACAAUAGGAUGGUAUAGAUAUAGACACAAUACAUCUCACAGAAUGUCCAUGAAAGAAAAGUCAGUUCAUCAGACCUUGUUGAAGAAUAUACCUCCUGACAAACAGGACAAUUUCAUCUUCAUCCUAUGUACCUCACAAAAAUCAGAAAAUGUUUCAACUUCUAACUUUGAUUAUACAGUUUUUAAAUAUAGUAUCAGAGAUAAGAAAUAUGCUGCUGUACCAGUGACUGUGAUAAACCUUGGUGAUACUACACAUACAGAAUAUAAAUGUGCUAAAUCUUGUACAAUAGACUACGAUUCAGGGGCACUCGGUGAUUUGUUGUCAACAUUUGAACGUGAAUUACUUGGAACUGCAGAGAAGACGUCAGAGGCAGCUGGUGUUCAGAAAAUGGCUGAAAGUAUACAAACACAACUACAGUGUCUUACAUAUGGAGUGAUGGAGUCUGACCAAGAGGCACUUGAGUUACAGUCAGAGCUGGAAAAAAUGGAGCUACAGCUUCACCGAAAGAUGGAGAAAAAACGUGCAAUGAAACCUCUCCCCCCUAGUCCUACAUCACCUGAAUGUACCCUGCCAUCUACAAGUCGAUUGCUGAAUGAAGAGGCUGCUGCCAGAUCCAAACGUGAGCAAAAGAGAAAAGACCAGAUGAAACUAUAUCCUAACUUGAGUGACUUAAAAGUUUCUAGUGGAGGAUCACGACAGAGGCGCAUGAGUGACGAUAAUUACUCUAUAGACGUAGAUAAUGGAAAAUCAUCUGGUUUACAUACUCAAAUAGAACAAAAGUGCCAUAUAUUGGACUCUCCUAUUGAAGUUACUGAAGACACUCUUUCUACAUGUUCUACAGAAUUUAAUCUAUCUGUUGAAAAUAUAUCAGAACCAGUUCCUAAUCAGGUAGAUGAUAAACAUAUUGAUAUCCCAUUUGCUGAUAGUGAAGGAUUUGACCAUAGUCAUUCAACUGAUAAUGAAACUAGUGCUAAAAAUAAAAAUGAUGCAAAAGAUGCUAAAAAUAGAAAUUCUGAUCCUUUUUCAUUUGUGGAAGGUAUGCUUGCUAAUUCUAAAAGUGUUAGUGGUGUUUUACAAAAGAAAAUGAAUCAAGACAAGACUGAAAUAAAAAAUACAAAACCCCAGAUUGGCGAGUCAGGAAGAGUGACUAGGUCAAGGAAUAGCCAGGCAUUUGGAAAUAAGUCUGCAGGGAAUCAGUUGGAGAAACAAUCCAGUGGUAAACAAAACAAGCAAGGUCAACAAAGGUCAAGAUCAAGAGAGAAGCAGACUACAAACUUGUCCAAUAAAAGAAAAAAUGACCAAAAUCGUAACAAUGACCAUAGUGGAAAUGGGAGUGAUGAGGAUAUUUUCGACACAAAAGAUGAAAAUGGAGAAAAUCAUGUCAUAGAUGUUUCGUCAUCUCCUGUUUUUUAAUCAAAUUGUCAUUUUUUAAAGUAGUCAAAUCUUGUAAUGUACAAAUCAGAUAUUUUAUUGCAAUACUACAGACCAACUGAAUGUCAUGCUUAUUGUUAAGCGCAAUUAGUAUAAAAAUACCAUGUAAAGUUCAUCAUCUGAUUCUAGAUUGGAAAAUAACAUUGUACAAUUUACAAUAAAGUCUGUGUUAUUAGUAAGGCCAUACUAAAACGUGUGUUUAGGAUUUCCUUUUUUGGAAAAAUAGGGAAAGACGGUAGGAAUUUUUGUUAUUUUGUUUAAUUUUUUUAACUGGAGUACAUAUAUAUUGGGACCACCAGUAAUAUUGUCAUGAUUCACUACCCAAAGUGUCAAUGAAGACUUUAGAUUAGGCAUUUUGAGUCUUUAAAAAAAAGGUGAGUAGGGAAACCCUAAACACAAGUAUUUUUUAUUUUGUCCUUAUUGACGACAGAUGAUCGUGUUGUUGCUGCAUAGCAAUGGUCUUAGUAUUGUAAAUUAUUUGGGACAAUGCAUUAUCAUGUUUAAACAUUAGACAAUGCUAAUAAUUGACUAAUGUAUGAUUUUGGUAAUCGAGUGAAAUGAAAAUUGAGGUAUGGAGUCAAUGUUAAAGUAAAUUGAACUUCUAUAUUUUAUUUUUUUUUGGUAAUAUUUCUUGUGUUUUUACAAUCUUUAAGGACAAUCUCAUGUGAUUAAUACAAAUGAGAAAGACUACAAACCUCAACUUUUAUUUUUCAUUUUCUGAUUGUAUUUUAAAAAAUUAUGACAUAUGUUCAAAUAGAUUAUAAUCAAUUUCAAACUAAUUUUUCAUCUAAUUGAUUAUGGUUUUUUCGUCAGAUUGCUCAACAUUAAAUGACAGACAAUAAAAACAGUCGACUACAAGUACAUUGCAGUUAAUAUGGUAAUGUUGCAUUGUAGGAGAUUUAAAUUGGAUGAUGAACUUUCAGUAUUGUGUAUAACAAGAAAUGAGUAUGAAAACAAAUACUGUGUAUUCAUUUAAUUUUCGUAGAUACCAAUUUUCAUCAAUUAAGGAAAAAAUGAUUUUUUUGUAGAUAUUUGAUUUCAUAGUUUUGCCAAAGUCUGCAUAAAUGUAUUAAGAAAAUUUGUACUUGGUUGAAUAUUUAAAUGCAUGGUUUACCUUGAUCCACAAAAUUCACGAAAAUUUGUAUCUCAUGAGUUAUAAUGAAUCCACUGUUAUGGGAAAAAAGAAUGCAUACAUGUAUAUGUAUCAGUAUGUGAUACUAAAAUUAAAAAAAAUGUUGGUUUGCAUCACUUUAAAAAAAUAAAUUUGAUUAAAUUUUCAUAAACCUAUAAACAAGAACCAUGCAUCAAUUACAGAAGUGUACAUAAACCACUCAAAGUUUAAAUAUGACUUAAAAUUGUUCGUCUUUUGAUUUAUUUGUAAAGAACAAAUUUCCUAAUAUAUUUAUGUUUUAUACUUUGGCUUUGAAUUAAAACUUUUCUUGAAGGUGAUCAAAUAAACAUGUACUAUUCAACUACAAUUAAAUCUAGAAAAUAUAAAUGUAUAGUUAUGUUAAAAGAUGCAUAGACAGUGACAUAAUUGAGAAAACAAAUCAAGUCAUGGGAAAAAGUUACAUAUUGAAAUUGAAGUAAAUUUUUAAAAGUACAAAAAAAAAUGUAGCAAAAAAUGAAUUUUAUGUCAUCUUGAAUUUAUAGUAUUAUAUUAACAUGAGCUUUUAUGAAAUGGUGCCUUUUAACAUUGUUAGUUCUAUUAUGACUCUGUUUAUUUAUAAAUAGUUUUCAUUUUGAUGAUUUAUGAUACGAUUGUGAACAGAAAAGGGUUAUAAAAGUUUGUAUUUGAGACAACUGUUCUUCUUCAUUGAACUGUUUUUUUCUUCAAAACUUAGAGCAUUGCAUCCUUUCAAGCAUUAAAUCAAAACAAAUUUGGUCGCAAAUCAAUUAAUUAUUUGCUCCUUGUUUAUUUUGAAGUAAUUAUAAUUGGCAAUCUUUAAGGUGAGAACAAUAACUAUUUUAGUUGUCAGUACAGUAGUUAUAUGUGUUAUAUAAUCCCCUCCCCUAAUAAAAAAAGAUAAUAAAUAUCUCAGAUGUAACUGUUUUUGUUAAAAAAAACAUUUUACAAAAGUUUAGGAGAAAGCAUUUUCUCAACAUUUCUACAACUGUUUAACUUUUAUUUCAAGAAUCCUAUCUUUCAAAAAUAUUUCAAAACCAGUAUGGUUUUCUGCACAUACCAUACAGUCCACACUAAUUACCAGUUGGAGGGUUUUCUCAAAGCAAAAGUUUUGUUUUAAGUGUGGUGUUCUUGGUUUUCAUGUGGUAAAAACUCUUAAGACUAUGCAUAGCAUCACACACUUGUUUUAUGAACAAGGUGAUGGUGUUUUAACAUGUUUAAAUGCAGUCUUAUCCACCAUUUUGCACCCAUACUUCAAUUUAAACUAUGUAUCUGGUAAUCAUUAUUAUUUGUGUUAUUGUUAAGGUUGAUUUAUAUGAUUACAUAUCACAGAAUUUUCAUUUUUUUAAUCAAAUACUCAGUUAAUCCUGUAAAUGUAACAAAACCAUUUUGCUGAAAACACUUUUAUUACCCAUUGUCUGUUGUUUGAUGAUUCUGUUUUACCAUAAAGUACAGUUAACUCUUGUUGUCUCGAACUCAGUUGACUUGAAAUUUCGGAUGAGUCAAAGUUUUCUCGUGGUCUCGAACUUUGUUCCAUAUAAAUAUAUGUAUUUCGACUCCUGAUGAGUCGAAAUUUCGGUUGACUCGAACUAAAUUUACAGUCCCAAGGUUAACAAAGGCAUUUAAAAGUCAUUAUUUAUCUUGAACUAACACAUAUAUGUCAAAACAUCUGGGAUUUAAAUGGAUUGAAUAGUUAAUCUGACAAUACACGUGUAAUUAAAUUUAAGGUACUGACCACUGUAUUGAUUUAUGACAUUGUUUUUCCAUGAGUGUUUACCUAAGAUAAUCUUUGAUCACCAUGAUAAAUAAUUAGUGAUACAUUAUUAUAGUUUAUGAAAAUUUAUUUAAAAUAUUUUAAAAACAAUUAACUGUAAUCAUACAUGAAUGAGCUUGGCUGUGUAUAAAGUAGGGAUUAGACUUAUGUUGGUGAUCAACUCAAAACUGCUCAAUCGACGUCUUUAAUCUUUUUGAAGUUUCUCUAGCAGAAAAAGAUUGAAAUGAAAUAAAAUGAAGAGAAAUCUAAAUUUUCUAAAAUCUUUUGUAUACGAGAAUGAACAAUUUUGUCAACUUUAAAACGAUUGCAAAUUACUCUCUCGGAUAAAGAAAACUCAUGAAAAGUUGUAACUGUGCAAAGAAAUAAAUAAGAGACGAAAACAUAAAAUAUUAUUAUAAUAAUAAAAGACCAUAACAUACAGAUACAUCGAUCUGAGACCAGAAUAUUGAUCCCCUACCCAUAUUCAUACAGAUUUAUUUUAGCUUUACCAAGCUAAGCAAGAGCUGUGUCCCUUGGUCUUUCAAACUUCUGGUUUUCGUUUGAGUCGAACUACAGGUAUCUCGAAAAUAUUUCUCUGGUCCGCCUGACUUCGAGAUAACGAGAGUCGACUGUAUCUUAGUUUUGUUUGAAUUGGAAAAACCUACUGGAAACCAUGGAAACUAAAAACUAUUUUCAUGUAAAUAAAUGAUUUAUUAGACUACUGUAAAUUCAGAAAUUAUUGCGUGCAUUUAUUAUUGCGAUUGUAGAGGAAGAGACAAAAAUGCGAGAUUAAUUAAUGCGAAUUCAGAAUCAUCUGCAUAAAGAUAUGUGUAUAAGAUUUCGGAAUGCGAGUUCUUAUUAUUGCGUUACUCAACCAGUCGCAUUAUUCGCAUUAAUAAAAACCUCGCAAUAAUUUUCUGAAUUUACAGUAUUUAAACCAAUCCAUACAUUUUUUUCUCAAAAUACAUGGCACCCUAAUGAAUUGAAGCCACAUGAAUUAUUGUAUAACAUCAUUUUAAAUUUUUAUGGUAAAAAAUGAUUUCCAUUUUGAUCAGAAGUAUUUAAUAAUUUGCUCAAAUUUUCAAUUAAGAAUUGAUUUAGUUGCAAUUGUGAAGAAAUAAUUUUGCUCAAAAUUGAAUUAGAAAAUAUCUGCCAAUUGUUCCAUCAUUUAACUUAUUACUGCAUAUUUGUAUAGCAUACCUGUUUUAACAAAAAUAUAAGGAUUAUAGAUAACAAUUUUACCCAGUCUAGAAAAAAUAUAUUGUACUUGUAAGAAUACACUGUCAAAGGCAAAAAUAAAUGACCAUGUAUACUGUUAAUCAUUGAUAAAGUAACAUCCGUUAGCAAAGACAAAUUAAGCAGAAAGAUGGGUUUUUUCUUGCAGGUAAACGAAUAUGAUAAACUAGGAAGUCGCCUAAGUUUUAUAUUUAUAGCUUAUGUAAAUAGAGAAUAUCAUAUGGCUUUUUCAAUAUCACAUCCUUAUCAACCCCAGACACAGGGUUGAUACGGUGUGUGAUAUUGAAAAAGCCAUAUCAUAUACACUUUAUUAUAUACAUGUACUUCAAUUAGAUGUUUUUUUUAUGUGAAAUGACGUUAUACAGGUUAGGGGUUUGAUAAAGCCUUUGCAACAGUGACUGAUAUCGAUGGUGUGACGUUGUAAAGAUUAAAGGUGUGAUAAAGCCUUUGCAACCGUGACUUAUAUGGAUAUCAUCACGGAUGGCUGAUACAACACAAUUGCCGUUGACCGUAUUACACAUACAAUUUAUCUGUAUUUACUACUAAGUAUAUAAUAAAUCUGUUUAAAUAGUGCUGUGGAUCAUUUUUAUUGAUGGGAUAUGAAUUUUUGUGGAUUUCAUGGAUAUGAGUGAACCACACAUUUAAAUAUUCAACUGAAGACCAAUUUUCUAUGGGUAAGAAUGUGGAAUUUGUCAAACAACAAAAAUCAAGUACUGUAAAUUUAGAAAUUUUUGUUACGUUUUUAUUAUCGAAAAAAUUGUGACAGAUAGGUUGUGCAAAAAUUAAAACUCACAUUUUAAGUUUGAUAGCAUUAGUAUGCUGCAUUUCUAGUAUCUUGCAAUAAUCAAUCCGACGUGUUUGUCCAUAGUUCAAAAAUUGCAAUAAUUGUGAUGUGCAAACAUUUCUGAAUAUACAGUAUUCAUGAAGAUACAUUUCUUUUUCAAUAAAUGAAUACACAGUAAACAUGGUAAAUAUAAUAAGUAUUUUCAAAAUAUUUUCAAAUAAUACAGCAUUAUUAAAGGGAUACUCAUUAUCAAUUAAACGAUCAGCAUUUACAUUGUAUAUUUUCAAAUAAAGUACAUUCAUGGGGAUCUAGUUUAAAAUCACUGUAACUAGCAAUUUUUCACUGUUAAUUUCAGUCAUUUGCAAUAAAAUGUCACUGUAUUAUAGGGGUAGAAUAUGAAAAGUAGUAAUUCUAAGUAGAACAAGGGCCGAAGGGGGCCAUAAAUACAUAUGUACCUUUACUAAAUUCAGAAUGUUAAGGAGCCAGGCAAGCUGCUGCAAGAAGUCCUGAUUUUAUUGGAGCCCUGGCCUUCACGAUAACGCUUAUUUUGAUUUUGAAACCUUGUCAUAUAUUCAGUAGAUAUGACAAGUGUGUUAUAUAUCUCCAUGGCCAGAGGUAAACCUUUGGAGGAAUUGCUUCACACCAACUACAGUGGUUUUAACAGAAUUGUCUUGUGUGUUUUAUUGUCAACAUGGUUAUAUUAGUUCUUUUUUUCAUUAAAACUUUUUCAUUUAUGAAGGGUUAAAAUUAUGACCAAUUAUUUAUUGAAAAUAUAUGAAAUGCAAUAUUUUAAUUAACCAUGAAAAUAUCAAUAUGAAUAUUUUCGGUCAAAAAUUAAGGCAACUCCUCUGUAAACCAUAUUGUUGUCUAUUUUGAUUUUUACUUUUUUUCAUUGUUUACCUUACUGCUAUAUUUUAUUUAAUUUUUUUGUUGAAUUGAAUGUUAUUUUACAUAUUAAUAAUGGCAUUAAAAUAGUUUACUGUUUA